GUCGCAUAGUAAGAGAACCUUAUCUAAUCCGCGCCACUGAACAAUACUCGCGCAAUCAUCCACAGUAGCCUUCAAUCACUACAAACUACCCACGAAAUCCACAACAAAAAUAUCUGAGUUUGUUACCUUCAAUCCUCUGAAGAAAUGGCGAAUUCUCUAUGUUUUGGACCUCUCAUUUCCUCGAGCGUCGUUGAAACCAGACCUGUGGGAAAUGAAUGCCUUUCUUUCUCAGGGCUUAUUAGUCACAAAUUUAGUAGCAGGAAGGCAAAUUGGCUCAUCGACGCUACUUACAGCUCAAAGGCUGCUCCUUUCGAAGCUUUAAAGCUUCGUGCUACAGACAACAAACCAAGCACCAAACCAAAUAGCAUACUGUGUGCUGAAUGUGAUGGAGAUGGUGCUAAAAAAUGUACGCAAUGCCAAGGCACUGGAGUCAAUUCAGUAGAUCACUUUAACGGCCAGUUCAAAGCUGGAAACAUGUGCUGGCUCUGCAGGGGCAAAAAGGAGAUUCUAUGUGGUAAUUGCAAUGGUGCUGGGUUUAUUGGUGGUUUCAUGAGCACAUUUGAUGAUUAGUAUAGACUCAACAUCUGCACAACUUGUCUGUUAGGUUUGUACAAAUUUUGUCAACGAAGGAUACUUACGAACUCCAGUCGUUACAAUUGGACAAUGUCUAGUACUUUUGCGUGUAAUUGGAAAUAGAAUCUUGAAUAUUUUGUCAGUUGCUAUUUUGUGCACCACCAGGUCUGUCUUUUACUAACUAGUACGAAUCCAUCGCACGGG